AUGCAGCAAGCAACACAAUUACAGUGGUCACCCAGCGGGCAGAACUCCUCCCAGGCCCAGCCUGUCCCCAAUCUGCAAGACAAAGCAGGAACACUACGUCCGCAUCCCCAGCAUGAGCCACCUGCAUCCAGGGAGACCCUCCUGCAACAGCCAGACAAGAUGGUGCCUCACCACACCCCACGCCUCCGGGCUGUGGUGGAGAGCCAGGCCUUCAAGAAUGUCCUGGUUGACGAGAUGGACAUAAUUCUGUCUCGCGCAGCUACGCUCAUCCAAUCCAACUGGAAGGGCUACCGGCUCCGGCAGAAGCUCAUCUCCCAGAUGCGGGCAGCUAAGGCCAUUCAGGAGGCCUGGCGACGCUUCAACACCAGGCGCCUCCUCCGGUUUGGCAAAGCGGUAGAGAAAAAAGUGAGUGCGGAUGAGGGGGACAUCCCUUACCACCCGCCCCAGCAAGUGCGGUUCCAGCAUUCAGAAAAGGACAGGAGCCUUUCCGCCCCACCCAUCAUGGUGAGUAAGGAGACCCAGUUCCCUUCUGCUGACAGCCUGGCUGCUUACACCCACCAGCUGGCCCCGCAGCAGCCCCUGGGUGCUCCACAGGCUUCUUGUGCCCCUGGUGGCCCCAGCAUCACUUUCCUGCCAGACCAGACUAUCUCCAGUAGACUUCCGUGUCCAGUGAGUCCAGAGGCAAAGCGCUACCCAUGCCUGCUGACAAGAACGGUCAGAAGUGCCAAUCUUGUCCACAGAGAAGGGGACACGAUAAAGACCAAGCAAGUGGCUGCCAGAGCCAACAAGGCAGGAGCCCCGGGCACACCACAAUCAGAACGGUAUGCCCAGGUUUUUCAUGGACCCCACAAGACCCAGACUCAGGCCCUUGUGGAAGCAGAAGUUCUCCAAGCCCCACCCCAGCCAGGCCCAGCCCCUGUGAUGCUCAAGAACCCCCUCCAGCCGUCUGUAUUGACCAAGACGCCACUUCAGUCAUGCCUGGCAUCCAUGAUGAAUAGAGCCCCCACUCAGCCGUGCCCAGCACCCACAGCAACAAUAGCCAAGACCCCACCCCGGGUGGACCCAGCAGCCCCAGUGGCCAAGACCACACUCCAGUCAUGCCUGACAGCCAUCUUGAACAAGAUCCCAACCCAGCCAUGUCCAGCUCCUGCGAUAAUGAUAACAAAGACCCCACCCCAGCCGUGCCUGGCGGCUCCAGUGACAAAGACCCCAGCUCAGAUGCGACCAACAGCCUCGAUGACCAACACGGCACCCCAAACGUGCCCGGUGCCCAUGAUGGCCAAGACCCCAGUGCGGACAUGCCCAGGGCCUGUGAUGGCCAAGAUUCUACCACAGACACACCCAGGGCCUGUGAUAGCCAAGACCCCACCCCAGAUGCGCCUGGCGGCCACAAUGGCCAAAACCCCACUACAGACAUGUCCAGCAGCCACGAUAGCCAAGACCCCAUCUCAGACGCUCCCAGGGGCCUCGAUGACCAAGACCCCUCCCCAGACGCGUCUGGCAGCCAUGAUCACCAAGACUCCAGCCCAAUUACGCUCAAUGGCCACAAUCCUCAGGACGCUGUGCCUGCUCCCUCCCACCGCUGGCAAUCUGAAAGCUUCACCUCCAGCAGUCAUGGCAGCUGGGAUUCCCAAUACCUUGUCCCACACGUGUCUGAACAAACCAAAGGCCAAGGCUGUGGUGACUGCGAGACAGACCGUUAAAAUCUCGUCCCAUUCAUACUUGACUGGGGGAAAGAUGAAAUACUGCCCCCCACCACAUCUGGGGGCUGGAUCUCCCAAGUCUCCAGCCAGGCCUCUUUGGAAACCCAACACAAUCAAGGCCUUCUCCCAGAAACAGGUGAAAACGGCAACCAAGUCUAGUAGCAGUGUGGCCGUGGAAGUCCCCAGGGCAAAGCCCUGGGCAAAAGUGGCUGAGCACAGAAACAAGGUCUCAUCGCAGGCACGCCUGAGGACAGAUGUUGUGAGUGCCCAGACCCAGGUAUAUGUGCCUGGAGAAACAGCUGUGGUUUUGCCCCAGGCACAGCUGGGCACAUCUGGGUCCAAGUCUUCGCCCCCGGGACAGCUGGCCACCUGUUCAACCACCACGUCAGCCCAGGGACAUUUGCUUACAGAACUGACUGCGACCCUGCCCCAGGCAUAUCUGGGUACAUGUCUGUCCAAGGCCCCACCCCAGGCACAUCUACCUGCUCAGCUGACGACGGCCCCGUCCCUGGCAUAUCCUGGCACAUGUCUGACCAAGACACAAUCCCAAGCACAUCUGGCCACAGGAGUCCAGUCUCAAGCAUAUCUCCUCACCGGGCUAACCAAGGCACAGUCCCAAGCCCAGCUGGUCACAGAGACAGCCAAGUGCCUCUACCCCGCCCACCAGGCUGUGGAGGUCAGCAGCAAGACCAAGUCCCAGCCACUCCGGACUGGGUUUAAGGCCUCCACGCAGCCCUACCUGCACACCGGCUCCCUUGGCACUUUGUCCCGAGCCAAGACAGAAGACAGACUGACUCAGCUCCCAGCCCACAGCUACAUGCAGGGCAAAGCCACCCAGGGCCCAUGCCAGGGCUCCUCCAAGACCCAGAGCAUGCUGGUGCCUCUGUUGGCAUCCUCUGGACACCCCACAUGUAAUGUUGAAUCCUGGGGCGACAGUGGGGUUGCCCGGGCUCAGCCAUCGACCGCCAGCCCAGCUGCACCCAGCCAGGAAGAGCUGGCAGCCUCCCAGCUCCCCUCCCUGUGCGCAGAGCUGGCCACCGUGCUGGGUUCUCAGGAGGACCUCCGCGCCCUGCUGGUGAAAGCCCUCUCCCAGGGAGAAGUGAGGGCAGCACUGAACCAGGCCUUAUCUAAGGAGAUCCUGGGCGCCACGAUCGCCAAGGCCAUGCCCCAGAGCAUGCUGGGCACAGCGCUGGUGAAGGCGCUGUCCUGGGGCGAGCUGGGUGCUGCCCUGUCCCGAGUCCUUUCCCGGGGUGAGCUGCGGGCAGAACUCACUAAGGCCAUGCAGGGCAAACUGGUAGAUGUGCUCAGCAAAGCCCUGACGGAAGAGGAGCGGGCAGCCCUGAGCCAGGCCCUGUGUCAGGGUGAGCUGGGUGCUGUCCUGAGCCAAUCCUUGUCUCAGGCAGCCCUCAAGACAGGACUCGUCCUCCCUAAGGCCACGGCUUCGAAAACGGCGGGAAGGGGGAUGAUGGUGAUGCCAGCCCCGGUGGAGGUGGACUACAGGGGGAGCCAGUCCACUGCACGGGGGCCCACCCUGAGCCCUGGGAGACCACAGCUCAGCAAGGGCCCUGUGAACGCCGGUGUGGCUGGUGGCCCAGCACGGAACUCUGCUGCCUGCAGUGUUGCGAUCGGCCCCAUGACCAGUGCCGUGGCCCCCGGCGCUGUAUGGGAACCAACCAGGUGCGCUGUGUCAUGGGAUGCUGUGGGCAGAGAGGCGGCGGUGGAUCCCGGACGGUCAGGGAAGCUGGUGGCAUCAGUGCAGGCUGUGGAAAAGAUCAUUGUGCGAGCUGUAGUCACGAUCCAGGCGUGUGCACGUGGCUACCUGGUGCGUCAGACCAUCAAGGUGUGGCACCAGUGGGCCGUUGUCAUCCAGGCUGCCUGGCGUGGCUAUCGUGUCCGGCGGGACCUCGCCCAGCUCUGCAGAGCUGCCACCAUCAUCCAAGCCACGUGGCGAGGCUACUGCAUCCGACGGAGCUGCGCCCAGCAAAUGCUGCCCCAGGGCACAUGGGCCAACGUGGGCAGCAGGGCCAGGUCGACCUCCAGCCACCGCUGCUUCCAGUCCUGCCAGCCACAUGUCUGUGCCUUCUGCCAGCCACUGAGUACCGGGCUGGGGAGUUUCCCCAGUGUCGUGAUGCUUGUGGGUUCCAACCCCCGCACAUGCCACAUGUGUGGUCGCACCCUGCCCACACGGGUGGUGCAGGGCAUGGGCCAGGGCACCAUGGGCCAGGCAGACGUGCAUAGGGGCUGUGACACCCAGCUGACCCAUCAGAGUACUCUGCAGCUCCAUGUCCAGAACAAGGCAGCCACACUCAUCCAGUCUGCCUGGAGGGGCUUUGUGGUACGUCACCAACUGAAGCGGCAGCAGGUCGCGGCCAAGAGGCUUCAAGCCACCUGGCGUGGCCACUUCACCCGGGCCUCCCUCACCACAGAUGCGCUCUUGGGGCCAGCAGUGUGGGACAACUCACAGAACACACAGUGGCCAGGAGUCUAG